GUAAGCUAAAAGAAAGGACAUUUAGGUGGCGUUCGAAUAGGUCUGAAAUAGUGCGUUAAGGAUUAGCUUGAACUUCAGAGAAUGAUUGCUUAAACAGAGGAUGAUGUUCCACCAUUACUCUCCUCCUCCCAUGGGGUGGGUGGAAUAUUAACAAUGUCCAGCACCAGCUGACGAGCAGCAAAUUAGCAUCUCUUCCAGGCCCCAUCACCACCACAUCCUUUAAGCUAUAGAGCCAAGGGGAUUGCCUUUUUAGGAGACGCUCGAUUCCCAUGAACAUACCACAGCCAGCAUAAAGAAGCUAUGAAUGACAACAUGAAACUUUGAUGCGAGUACCCACCCUUGAAACAAAAGGUGCAUUUAUCCUGACCUGUACGUGCUUCGGACUACUGGUGAAAAGCUAAUGGACAGCUGUGAUCUGGAAAGCUGGUAAAGAAAUGACUAAACCACUGCUGCCAUUGCCAUACAUUUUGUAGGGAAUUUUGCAGUAGUUAUUAUCCACAGUUUUUUCUUUUGGAGUGUGGGAGGACAGCUACUACCAAAAGGUUGGGUGUGCCAGUAACUGCCUAAAUUCUGACCUGCAAACCGCCGAAGGGUACCAUGGAAAAAUUCAAGGCAGGACUGGUCCUGGGUGGUGUUGGUGAUGCCUUGGGCUUCAGAAAAGGCCACUGGGAAAGUUGCACAUCAGGCAAAAAGAUCCAAGAAGAACUGGCAUCUUUGGGCGGUCUGGGAACACUAAAACUGGACCCUGAUAACUGGCCGCUGAGUGAUGCAACGUUAAUGCACAUGACCACAGCCGAGGCACUUAUAACAGAUUAUUGGUGUCUGGAGGACCUUUACCGUGAGCUGGUACGUCUCUACGUUGACGCCAUGGUGUCUCUUCAGGGUAGAAACCCUGAUCCGGCCACAGUGGAAGGCUGUGUUCACCUCAAACCUGACAAUUUUCUGCUUGCUUGGCACACACCCUUUAAUGAAAAAGGGUCAGGGUUUGGGGCAGCUGCUAAGGCCAUGUGUGUGGGAAUGCGAUACUGGCAACCUGAGAGACUUGACAGCCUAAUAGAGGUCAGCAUUGAGAUGGGCAGGAUGACCCACAACCAUCCCACAGGGUUCCUGGGUUCCCUGACAACAGCAUUGUUUGCUUCCUAUGCGAUCCAGGGUAAACCCCUUGGGACUUGGGGUCGUGAGCUCAUGAAGGUCAUACCUCGCGCGGAGGAGUACCUUAAGAAGACCAUACGUCAUAUGGCAGAAUAUCAGGAAAACUGGUUCUACUUUGAGGCGAAGUGGCAGUUUUACUUGGAAGAAAGGGAACUAGACAAAGAAGGGCAGAAUAAACCAUUGUUUGACAAUCGCUAUGAUGCUGAAGACACUGAUAAGAUGUACAAGCGAUGGAGUUCGGAAGGCCGUGCAGGACGGAGGGGACAUGAUGCACCUAUGAUAGCCUACGACGCCCUUCUAAUUGCAGGAAAUGACUGGGCUGAACUAUGCAAAAGGGCAAUGUUCCAUGGAGGGGAGAGUGAAGCCACAGGCCUAAUCGCAGGGUGUCUCUAUGGCCUAAUGUACGGUCUAAGACAAGUUCCUUCAAGCCUCUACCAGAAUUUAGACAAAAGGGAACGUUUGGAGGAGCUUGGAGAAGCGCUUUACAAAGCAGCGUCAGCAGAGAAGUGCAUAGACAAGUAAAACUGCACUUCACAAGCAGAAUAGCUUUCAAUGGAACUGCACGAGCCAAAGAUCUCUCAUCCUGCACUUCUACUGUAACAUUCUCUUUUCACCCUUUCCAUCUUUUCACCUUGACCUGCUACCCAUCAACCACCUACUAUUUCUGCAAUGAAUUACAUGAGAGGUUAAGCUAUUGCGUUUCAGUGAGUUCAAUUAACUAAUAUGCCUGUUUUCCACAUUAAGUACAGUAUAUUUAAUAUUAUUAUAGAAUGGAUUUUAAUAUAAAAUGUAUGGAUUGUGUUUCAUUGCCAUGGGAAUAAGUAAUCUUAUGACACCUUAAAGCAAACAAUGGUAACACCUUACACUUCCCUUUGCUGCUAACCUGUAUUUAGACCACUGAAACCACAGUUUUCUCUGGAUCAAUGUUCAUCAAUAGAAUACAUUUCGCACAUAAUAUUAAUCUAAUUUAAAUACUUUUAAUGACAUGUCAUUUGAGAUAUAAUUAUUCAACUGUCAUUUGUCAGUCUUCUGGAGUAAUUCAUCCAUGACAGUUACAGUAUGUAUAGCACAACAGUACUUAUGUAUCUAGAAACAUUGAUUGUGAUUUGAACUGUGACUCACCCAUUAGUUAUAGCAUGUGAAUUAACAAUAACAUCACAGUGAUUAAAUUGUACUUAAAUGUGCUUAAAGCCCCUGACCUUUCUUUUGACAUUUCUGAACAAUGUUACUGGAUGUUUUCUACAUUUUUUUAUUCUGCCCAAAUUAUCCUAUAGUGCAAUGAACUAAUCAAGUCUGCCUAAUUAAUGAAAAGUUGGUUGAUUAGUACGGCAGGCAGUAUAUUACUUUUCUCUUUAACCCUUUUAGAUAUGCAGUUCUUAAAAAAUCAUAGGUGUAGCCAUAAAAAAGAAAAAUAAUUACCUUUUUUCACUUUAUCAGGUUUUUUUUCUUCCAUCAGCAGUAUGGUUGCUUAUUUGAUAUAACAGGUAAAUACUCGUCAACUAAAAAUAUAAUUGAUUUCAUUGAAAGGUUGCAGAUCUUCAGUAUGACAA